CAAAACGAUUCCGGCUGAUGUGCUUGUCUGUCGCUCCUUCGUAGAGUUGCGCUUGGAAAUUAUUCUAUCGUAUGUUUGUGUAUGAAAAUGAGUGAAAAAUAAGUUUUCUUGAAUGAAUGAGUGUUCUAAUAGCUGCCGAAAUUAAUAUUGGACAAAUUCCAGUUGACUAUUUAGUGAAAUUCAGUGUUAAUCAACCGUUCAUCGGGAUUACAUGGAGGGUAUUCAUGUUUAUAAAUAUUGAUUUGUUGCAUCGUGUUUUCUAACGUUUCUAUUGUGCUGCUAAACGUGUAGUGAAAUGUAGGUAACCGAUAAAAGUGGUGGAAUAUUGUGGUAGUUCCUAAAAAUGGAUCAACAAUAUUUAGUUUGCAAUGGCGCGCCCGCGUUUGUGAUUGCGUGUAGUGUUUGAGUUUUGUUCCUUGUGUUUUUGUGUUUAUCAGACAAUGGAGGGAACUACUGAGAAGGAUUGCUCCCCAUUAUGGAGCCUGUACCAGCAGAUCGUGUCGGAUAUGAAGAGCAGCGCACCAAUGUGGGAGGAGUUCAUAUCGAAGGCGACGAAGCUGCACUCGGCGUUGAAAUCGGCGCUGAGCGCGAUAGCAUCGUUCCUGGACGCCUUCCAGAAGAUUGCAGACGCGGCGACCAACGCUAGAGGUGAGUUUUUGCUGUUCUAUUCCGUUCAGGCGCUUCGUCGAACUUUUUGAA